ACAGCUUGGGUUCAUUUACCCUUGGAUCACUGAGGCUGAACUUCUCCAAAACCUGCGAAAUAUCUGGGGACUGUGAAGCCAACAUGACCAGUGGGGGCUGUGUAUUUGUCCUAUUUUCCCUCCUCCAUGUCUCACUGAGUGUGGAAAUGACAGGGUUAUAUGGCAGCUUCACCUCCCCCCACUUCCCCCAGCCAUACCCUGACAACCAGCUCAUAACAUGGAACAUCUCUGUCCCAGAGGGCCACAGGGUCAAACUCUACUUCAGCCACUUCAGCAUGGAGCCCUCACACCAGUGUGAAUAUGACUACUUCCAGGUUUUGGCGGAGGGAAACGAAACCUUGCGGUUCUGCGGAGAGGAAGAGAAGAACUAUGAAAGCAGCCCGAGGAACACCGUCAUCCUGUCAGCCGGGCGCCUCAUGUCGUUGGUCUUUAGGAGUGACUACUCUAACGAGGGCCGAUUCACGGGCUUCCAAGCGUUUUACACCGCAGAAGAUAUCAACGAGUGUGAAUCGAAGAUAGAUGGGGAGAAAGUGUGUGAUCAUUUUUGCCACAAUUACAUAGGCGGAUAUUACUGCACUUGCAAACAAGGGUACCUUCUCCAUGACAACACAAGAUCCUGCACAGUGCCAUGCCUCAGCCAGGUGUUGACCUCGCUGUCGGGGGUUCUGACCAGUCCGGGCUACCCGAACCCUUACCCCCCCAUGAGUCAGUGUGAUCACACCAUAAGUCUACAAGAGGGCCACAGAAUAAUCCUAGACUUCCUGGAUCCCUUUGACGUAGAGGGACACUCGGAUGUCCCUUGUCCAUACGAUAUGUUGAAGAUUUCGACAACUGGACAAGAGUAUGGACCCUUUUGUGGAUCAACAGCACCCGGUCGGUUUGACACAGGAAGUUACCAAGUGCAUGUUGUGUUCAGAUCUGACUCUAGUGGGAAGAACAAGGGAUGGAAGAUCAAGUACACCAGUAUUAAGGCUGGAUCCUGAUGGCUUGUUGACAUGAAAACUGUGUGUGAGCAUAUACGCUAUCCAAAUAUUUUACACAGUGACUUUUACACUGUGGCAAUCUUUAAAGAUUCAGUGUGUUUGUGAUAUUGUGUUCAAGCACAAAGAAAUGUACCUUUAUGAUAAUCUCCACAUUUUGUCUGUAUGUAAUUUCCAAUGAUAUUGUGAAUGUUUUAUUUCUUUGUUUGCUGAGAUGCUGUUGUAAUGUCACCUUCACAAACCUCUUUCAACCACUUUUGAAUUGGCAUUUCAGUGUUUUGCUGCUUGUGGGAAUAAAAGAAGAAAGACAUUAAAA